AGUCUGGUUACUUUUAAUCCACCGGCCACUGAGAGCCACUCUCCCCUCCUCCUCCUCUUCCUCCUCCUCCUCCUCCUCCUCCUCCUCCUCUUCCUCCUCCUCCUCCACCACCUCCUCUUCCGAGCGGCCUUGGCGCGCGCGAAUGCGCGUCCCCGCGCGCGCCUCCCCCGCGCGCGCCCCCUCCGCGCGCGUUCACACGCACACCUCGUCUCCAGCUCUCUGCUUGCUUUGCUCGCAGUCACAGACACUUGAGCACACGCGUACACCCAGACAUCUUCGGGCUGCUAUUGGAUUGACUUUGAAGAUUCUGUGUGGGUCGCCGUGGCUGCAUGUUUGAAUCAGGUGGAGAAGCACUUCAAGGCUGGACGAAGUAAAGAUUAUUGUUGUGUGUGUUUUCUCUCCCUCUCUUAAGAAAGGAAAAUAUCCCAAGGACUAAUCUGACCUGGUCUUCCUUCAUCAGGAACGAAUGCAGGAAUUUGGGAACUGAGCAGUGCAAGUGCUGAAGAAGGAGGUUUGUUUGGAGGAAACAGGAAAGAGAAAGAAAAGGAAGGAAAAAAUACAUAAUUUCAGGGACGAGAGAGAGAAGAAAAACGGGGACUAUGGGGAGAAAAAAGAUUCAGAUCACGAGGAUUAUGGAUGAACGUAACAGACAGGUGACAUUUACAAAGAGGAAAUUCGGGCUGAUGAAGAAGGCGUAUGAGCUGAGCGUGCUGUGCGACUGUGAGAUCGCGCUGAUCAUCUUCAACAGCACCAACAAGCUGUUCCAGUACGCCAGCACCGACAUGGACAAGGUGCUGCUCAAGUACACGGAGUACAACGAGCCCCACGAGAGCCGGACAAACUCAGACAUCGUGGAGACGUUGAGAAAGAAGGGCCUUAAUGGCUGUGACAGCCCAGACCCCGAUGCGGACGAUUCCGUAGGUCACAGCCCUGAGUCUGAGGACAAGUACAGGAAAAUUAACGAAGAUAUUGAUCUAAUGAUCAGCAGACAAAGAUUGUGUGCCUUGAACAAGAAGGAAAACAAAGGCUGUGAAAGCCCCGACCCCGACUCCUCUUAUGCACUCACCCCACGCACUGAAGAAAAAUACAAAAAAAUUAAUGAAGAAUUUGAUAAUAUGAUCAAGAGCCAUAAAAUUCCUGCUGUUCCACCUCCCAACUUUGAGAUGCCAGUCUCCAUCCCAGUGUCCAGCCAUAACAGUUUGGUAUACAGCAACCCUGUCAGCUCACUGGGAAACCCCAACCUUUUGCCACUGGCCCACCCUUCUCUGCAGAGGAAUAGUAUGUCUCCUGGUGUAACACAUCGACCUCCGAGUGCAGGUAACACAGGUGGUCUGAUGGGUGGAGACCUCACAUCCGGUGCAGGCACCAGUGCAGGGAAUGGGUAUGGCAACCCCCGAAACUCACCAGGUCUGCUGGUCUCACCUGGGAACUUGAACAAGAAUAUGCAAGCAAAGUCUCCUCCCCCCAUGAAUUUAGGGAUGAAUAACCGUAAACCAGAUCUCCGAGUUCUUAUUCCACCAGGCAGCAAGAAUACGAUGCCAUCCGUGAAUCAAAGGAUAAAUAACUCCCAGUCUGCUCAGUCAUUGGCUACCCCAGUGGUUUCCGUAGCAACUCCUACUUUACCAGGACAAGGGAUGGGAGGAUAUCCAUCAGCCAUUUCAACAACAUAUGGUACCGAGUACUCUCUGAGUAGCGCAGACCUGUCCUCUCUGUCUGGCUUUAACACCGCCAGCGCUCUUCAUCUGGGGUCAGUAACUGGCUGGCAACAGCAACACCUACAUAACAUGCCGCCAUCCGCCCUCAGUCAGCUGGGAGCUUGCACUAGCACUCAUUUAUCUCAGAGUUCAAAUCUCUCCCUGCCUUCUACUCAAAGCCUCAACAUCAAGUCAGAACCUGUUUCUCCUCCUAGAGACCGUACCACCACCCCUUCGAGAUACCCACCACACACGCGCCACGAGGCGGGGCGAUCUCCUGUUGACAGCUUGAGCAGCUGUAGCAGUUCCUACGACGGGAGCGACCGCGAGGAUCACCGGAACGAAUUCCACUCCCCCAUUGGACUCACCAGACCUUCGCCGGACGAAAGGGAAAGUCCCUCCGUCAAGCGCAUGCGACUCUCUGAAGGAUGGGCAACAUGAUCAGAUUAUUACUUAAUAGUUUGUGUUUUUUUUCUUGCAGUGUGUGUGUGUGCUAUACCUUAAUGGGGAAGGGGGGUCGAUAUGCAUUAUAUGUGCUGUGUGUGGAAAAAAAAAAAAAGUCAGGUACUCUGUUUUGUAAAAGUACUUUUAAAUUGCCUCAGUGACACAGUAUAAAGAUAAACAGACAUGCUGAGAUAAGCUUAGCACUUGAGUUGUACAACAGAACACGUGUACAAAAUAGAUUUUAAGGCUAACUUCUUUUCACUGUUGUGCUCCUUUGCAAAAUGUAUGUUACAAUAGAUAGUGUCAUGUUGCAGGUUCAACGUUAUUUACAUGUAAAUAGACAAAAAAAGGAAACAUUUGCCAAAAGCGGCAGAUCUUUACUGAAAGAGAGAGCAGCUGUUAUGCAACAUAUAGAAAAAUGUAUAGAUGUUGUGGACAGACCCGGCAAAGGGUGGCCAUUGGUAAACGUUAGGAACACGCCAGGUCACCUACCACCCUGAGAAUGCUCACAAACCUGCAGGCGUAUCAUUGGCGUAUGGCACUCAGUAAAAAGGAUCGAUGACCAUUAAAAGAGGACCAUACCUAUUUAAAAAAAAAAAAAAGUGGAGUUUGAGGGCUAACGUAUUUAAUUAAAUAAAGAAAUCUGGGUCUGCAUCUCUUAUUAAAUAAAAGUAUAAAAAUAUGUACAUUACAUUUUGCUUAUUUUCAUAUAAAAGGUAAGACAGAGUUUGCAAAGCAUUUGUGGCUUUUUGUAGUUUACUUAAGCCAAAAUGUGUUUUCCCCCCUUGAUAGCUUCGCUGAUAUUUUAAACAGUCCUGUAAAAAAAUCAAAAAGGACUUUUUGUAUAGAAAGCACUACCCUAAGCCAUGAGGAGCUCCAUGCUUUGCUAACCAAGAUAACUGUUUUUCUCUUUGUAGAAGUUUUGUUUUUGAAAUGUGUAUUUCUAAUUAUAUAAAAUAUUAAGAAUCUUUUAAAAAAUCUGUGAAAUUAACAUGCUUGUGUAUAGCUUUCUAAUAUAUAUAAUAUUAUGGUAAUAGCAGAAGUUUUGUUAUCUUAAUAGUGGGAGGGGGGAUAUUUGUGCGGUUGCACAUUUGAGUAACUAUUUUCUUUCUGUUUUCUUUUACUCUGCAUACAUUUUAUAAGUUCAAGGUCAGCUGUCAAAAGGAUAACCUGUGGGAUUAGAACGUAUCACAUGGCAACACCCUAAAUUGUCUUUAAUACAUUAGCAAUCUAUUGGGUCAACUGACAUCCCUUGUAUAUACUAAUUAGUUUAUUUUAUGCUUUUUAUUUUUGAAUUUUCAUCAAAUGCAGGGCCCCUUUCUGAUCUCACCAUUUCACCAUGCAUCUUGGAAUUCAGUAAGUGCACACCCUAACUUGCCCAUAUCCUAAAUUAUCUGGUUGGUUUUCAGCCCAGAAUUUGAUAUGCUUUUUAGAAAUAUGCCCAGAAUAGAGAAGCUGUGCUAGGGCCGUGUCAUGCAAAUAUGGCCCUAGAAACAAGUGAUAUGAAGUUUGCUCGAUGUAUAAGUUAUAAAUUCCCACAGAAGAAAAAUGUGAAAGAUUGGGUGCUAGACAAGAAGGAAGCAGAUAAAGGGAUAGUUGCUUCACCAUCCGUUUUUAAUUAUUUUAACUGACCCUCAACAAUCUUGUCAGCAAUGUAGGACUGUUGAACAAUCCCAGUGUGUCAGGACCCCCAAAUGUCACUUCUGCAUAAAGCAUGUAUGUCAUCUAUUUUUUUUUCUUCAAUAAAGAGAUUUAUUAGCCAUUUCAAGAAAUCCCAUUAAAGAACCUCUCUAUGUCCCUUUUUUUAAAUUUUUCAAGAAAUAAUGACUCUUGUCUAAUAUUUGUCUAUAAGGGCUUCAUUUUCAGACCCUUUUAAAAAGUGAGUGCCAUUAAAAAAAUGUUGAUAUCUAUUGUUUAAAAGAGAUUUCAGUCUAGGAAUGAUUUUUCUUCUCUUGGAAUGUGAAGAUCUGUCGAUUCAUCUCCAAUCAUACGCAGUGACAUACACAGCAAAGAGGAUGCAGACAAUAAGAUCAACACUGCUACAUCGUGUGUAGGACACUUCUUACCCAUUUUUUUUUCUUUUACUUGUAAAGUUGCUAUGUGUUUCUCAUUGAAAAAGGCUGCCGCUGGGUGGCAAAAGCCAAGAGACCUUACUAACUAGGCUAUAUUUUUCUUAACUUAAUCUGAAAUCUGAAAUUAGACCACAAUGCACCUUUGGUGGUAUCCAUAUAGGAUGCUAACCUGCCUUGUACUAACGUUUUAUAUACUAAAAACAAGCAAAAAUAUCUAUUAAUCAUUUCGUAUAUCCCACUACUUAAGGUAUCCAUGGAACAUGAAAGAAAAAACAUUUAUGCAAAGGAAAAACAGAAAAUCAUUGCUGAAAAUAGACAUACACACACACACACGCAUAUACACAUGUUCACACACACACACAUUCACACAUAGGGGGAAGAAAACUAAGAAGUCAUUUUUCUCACCAUAGAUUUGAUCCCAUCCUUCCAACACAUCUUUAUUACUUGAUGUGUAUAAAAUAUGCAAACAUAUCACAAAUGUUCUUUAUCAUUUCAAAACACUUGAUCAAUAUCAGUAAAAACUUAUCAGUGGGUGGGAAAGGGUCAUUAUGUGAAAAUAUGAAAAAAUAGCCAUAUUAAUUUUUUACCUGCACUUUGCCUCAGCAACAAUGAAAAAGUGAAUUUCUAAUGCUGAAAAUAAAGUAAGCUAAAGUGCCAGCAGAAGCCUUGGCUAUUUAUAGCAAUUCUGGCAAUAGUUUUAUAAGAACAUGAAAAGAGCAGAAUCACUUAAAAAUGGAUGCCAGUCAUCGCUUGUCCCCACUACUGAAUUCAUAUAGAGUGGUGGCACGCUCGUGAAGGGAUAAUCUGAGAAUUUUUUAAAGAUGAUUUAAUGAGAAGAAGCACAAUGUUGAUUGUGAUGAGUCACUCUCUGUAAACAAUCACUGUCUAUCUUUACCUUAUACCUUAUCUGUAAUUUACCUUUUAUUGUAUUUGCAAAGCUAGUAUGGUUUGGAUUUUUAUCACAGUAAAUCCUUUGUAUUUCAGGAGUUUAGGGCAGAGCCCUGAGAGAAUGAUGUUUCACGUAGUCCAUCAUAGAGAACAUUUUAGGCAACAUUCUUCAUUGCAAGUCAAAGAACCACAAGUGGCAUUUUACACAGCUCCAAGUAUUGUUAUGCCUAAUCCCAGUUUAAAAGACUUUUGGGGUAACAUUAAGCUUACAUACUGGUAACACUGAUGCAAUAUAUGCAAGCUGCACAACCUGUAUAUUGUAUGCAUUGGUGUGUGGAAAGUUGUUCAUUUCAACCUUUUUUAAAAUUGUGUUUUUUAGUAAAAUGGCUUAUUUUUCCCAAAGGUGGAAGUUAGCAUUUUGUAAUGAUGAAUAUGAAAAUGCCUGUCAUCCUCAGAUCACUUUAAGGUUAACUAAGGUGAGGAUUUUAAAACAAUUCAAAUACACUUUUUAAGAGAAUAUCUGCCCUCUCACAAUGUUAUAUAUUUGUUUUUCUUACACACCCAUCUUUUAACUUAGAAAUAGCUUUUUUUUUCUCCCUUUAUUCUUUUGUUUGUUUUUCCAGAGAGUAAUGCUUGUAUUUCUUUCUUUAAAAAAAAAACAAAAAAACUUUUUUUCAAGAAGCAGCAGCCACUUGAACCCUCAAUAAAGGCUGUUGCUUAAGCAUGGCAUACUUCAUCUGUUCGCGUUUGUGCCAUCUGCUGUGAUGUCGUCACUUAUACAGCGUGAAUUUCUUGCCACUACAGAUCUUUUGAAGAUUGAUGGAAUACUGGUGUCUGUUAGAAUGCUUCAGACUGCAGAUGUAAUUAAAGGCUUUUCUUAAAUAUGUUUUAACCAAAGAUGUGGAGCAAUCCAAGCCACAUUAUCUUCUACAUUCAAUUUGUCCAUUUGGGUUAUUUUCACAAUCUGGUAUUGCAUUUGCCUUCCCUAUUCGUACCUCAAAUUGAUUCAUACCUCAGUUUCAUACAGAGAGGUCAGCUAAUCGACAUAUUCUGUUGUGGUUUGAAUUCAGCACCAGUGUUCUCUCAGAGUAACACGGGCCUGGGGCACUGCAGGCGGAGGACUUGGAUUGCUUCAGAUGGUUUGCUGUAUCACUUUCCUUCUUUUCCUGGGGACUUGUUUCCAUUAAACAGUCAUUCAAAUAGCUUGUAAAAGAGGGCAUACAAGCAUUUGCAACAAAUAUUCAAAUAGAGGCUCACAGCGGCAUAAGCUGGACUUUGUCGCCACUAGAUGACAAGAUGUUAUAACUAAGUUAAACCCCAUCUCUGUAUCUCAAGGGACUUCAUUCAGCUGUCUGUAGUGGAAAAGUGGGGAAUUUUCCAAAGUUUCUCCUGCUGGAAAUAAGGUAUAAUUUGUAUUUUGCAGACAAUUCAGUAAAGUUACUGGCUUUCUUAGUGA